GUGGAGAUAACUCUGUGUUGGUCCUCGAACAUUUUAAAUAAAACGGAAUAUACAUAUAUUUUUAACCACCAGUUGCGCUCUAAAUGGCUCCGACCGAGGCGGUUGUGGAGCAGGCGGAUGAGCAGCCGAAGAUUUCCACAUUUGCCGUUCUGGACCUGGAGACAAACAACUUGCCUGCCUACCAGAAUAACCGAGUGGCCAUUACGGAGCUGUGCAUUUACGCCUUCGAAGCUGCGCUCCUCAAGAAGGAAAAGAAUGAGGACCAGGAUGAGAAGAAGGAGCAGGAGCUGCCGAAGGCACCGCGCGUUCUGCACAAGUUGAAUCUGCUCUUCCAGCCGUCUAUGAAGGUUUUUCCUGAAGCUGAGAGAAUAACAGGUCUGAGCAACUACCUGCUAGAGAGGGAGUCCAAGCUGGAUGCGGACGCCGCGCAACUCAUCAACGGCUUUCUGAAGCACUUGCCGAGUCCAGUUUGUCUGGUGGCUCACAACGGUUGGGGCUUCGAUUUUCCCAUUUUGAGGCAGACCUUUGAGAAACUCAACAUAGAGCUUCCCCAAUCCCUGACUUGUGUGGACUCACUACGCGCCUUCAUGGAGAUUGACGACACCCAACAAAAAGAAACCAGUCCCUUGAAAGUCCCCGACGCUGUGCGGGAAACCAUAGCCAUACUGGAACUGAAAGACGAUCAGGAAACCGAAACUGCCCACAAGGAGCCAGAAGCAGUGAAGGACUUCGAUUGGCGAACCAGAAACGAAACCACUCCAAAACGUCCCAUUCUGACGCCUAAGGAAGCGUUCGCCAAGCGCAAGCUAUUACGCGACUGCGAUGAGGAUGACGUAGAGGAGCAGACCCCUGCCAAGCGGAAACCCGAAGAGUUCAGGUCGCGACGCCAGCUGUUCAGUGGAUUCAAGUGUGCCGAAACCAAACGCUUUCCGCCCCGCGGAGUUUAUAAUUUGGGAAGUCUGUUCACGAGCAAGUUUCAAAGACCAGCAAUUAGUGCCCACCAGGCAGAGGCGGAUGUAGCCAUGCUCACAAAACUGAUACAGCAUUACGGCAUGGAUUUCCUGGCCUUCGCCGAGGAACAGGCCAUUCCAUUCCACGAAGUGGUGCCACUUGGCUCUUCCGUUUGUCGAAAAAAGGAGUGCAAUCCAACCAGUUCUAUUCCUGCAUGAUUUUAACAUGUGAUUUAUUAAUAUAUUUUUUAUCUAGGAUUUUAAUAA